UAAUGUAAACACGGAACGAAAAAGAGUUUUUUCGUUUCUAGUGAUAAUUCCAAAGUAUCUUCUUUUUCACCCAGAAACCGUUUAAUAUCGUUUGAUUUAAGUCGGCCCCCCUCGCACGCGCAAUGGCGCCCAAGAAGGUCGAGGAGCCGGAGCGGAAGCCCCUGAUUGGUCGCGUGGGCACCAAUCUGAAGGUGGGCAUCGUGGGCAUCCCCAACGUCGGCAAGUCCACCUUCUUCAACGUGCUGACCAAGAGCCAGGCGGCCGCCGAGAACUUCCCCUUCUGCACCAUCGACCCCAAUGAGAGUCGCGUACCAGUUCCGGAUGAAAGGUUCGACUAUCUGUGCGAAUACUUCAAGCCCGUCAGCAAGCAGCCGGCCUGGCUGAACGUGGUGGACAUCGCGGGACUGGUCAAGGGCGCCGCCGAGGGACAGGGACUGGGCAACGCCUUCCUGUCGCACAUCAAGGCGUGCGACGCGCUGUUCCACCUCUGCCGGGCCUUCGAGGACGACGACGUGACGCACGUGGAGGGCGAGGUGAACCCGGUGCGCGACCUGGAGAUCAUCAACGAGGAGCUGCGCCUCAAGGACCUCGAGUUCCUCAACUCCGCCGUCGAGAAGAUGGAGCGCAACGUGCUGCGCGGCACCGACAAGAAGCUCAAGACGGAAUACGAAACUCUUCAGAAAAUUCAGCACGUCCUUGAUGAGGAGAAACAACAUAUUCGUUUUGCAGAUUGGAACGCUAAUGACAUUGAAGUGCUCAAUAAGUACUUAUUCAUUACGUCGAAACCUGCCAUUUACUUGGUCAACCUGGCUGAGAAAGACUACAUAAAAAAGAAGAACAAAUGGCUGAUCAAGAUCAAGGAGUGGGUGGACAAGAACGACCCGGGAUCCACGAUCAUCCCCUUCUCAGGGGCGUUCGAGAACAAGCUGGUGGACAUGGACGAGGGCGAGAGGCGGCGCUACGUGGAGGAGGUCAAGGCCACGAGCGCCCUCGACAAGAUAAUCGUGCACGGCUACAAGGCAUUGCAGCUGCAGUACUUCUUCACGUGCGGCCCGGACGAGGUGAAGGCGUGGACGAUCCAGAAAGGCACUAAAGCCCCGCAAGCCGCUGGUAGAAUACACACAGAUUUUGAGAAAGGUUUCAUCAUGGCAGAAGUAAUGAAAUAUUCCGAUUUCAAAGAAGAAGGCUCGGAAGCUGCAUGCAAAGCCGCCGGCAAGUACAGGCAACAAGGGCGCAACUACGUGGUCGAGGACGGCGACAUCAUUUUCUUCAAGUUCAACGCCGGUGCGGGCUUGAAAGACGCGAAGAAGAAAUGAUGCGAGGGCCUGCUGUUGGCGUUGCUUGUCCACUUGUACCUGAACCUCAUCCUGUUCACGUACUGCGUCGACCGUUGAGGUCGGGUGUUCGAAUGUCCUCCCUCCCUCCCUCCCUCCCUCCCUCCCUCCCACCAUCCCUCCAUCCCUCCGCCCCUCCACCUCGGUUGUCAGGUCAUCCCGUUCUUUCGAAUGUAAUCCCAGAGUCACCACUGUCCUUUUCAAGUUUUUUUUUUUUUCUUGUUUAAGCGGUUAAAAACUUUUUAAUUCGUCUCAACCACUUUGCUUUUAUUUUCGGAUUCAACAACAUGCAGUUGUUUUAUUUUCAGUUGUUUUGAUUCAUUAUACUUAAUUGUGGGAAGAUAAGAAUUAUGUAUUUCCGUUACAUAUGAAUAAUAUGUCCCACUAAAUAUUUGCCUUGUGUGUGCUGUUUGAUAUUUGCUGUUUGUUGAUUCCCUUAAAAUGCAGCAUUACACUUUUAGAAUAUUGUUGUCACGUUAUGUGUAUCAUUUUUUUUUUCCUUUUCAAUUUUAUGUUGUAAAACUUCUGAAUUUUGGAAAAAUUUCUCACCAUUGUUAUUUUAUUUUCUCGCCAUAUUUUUGAACAGGGAAAUUGUAAAAAAGGACAAUAAAACACCUUGGCCAAUAUAA